AUCAUGGUGCAGAAGAAGGACCAGGACGAGCGCCUCGUAACGCUGGAGAAGCGUUAUCUUAACGCUCAGCGUGAGUCCACCUCCCUCCACGACCUCAACGACAAGCUAGAGAGCGAGCUCGCCAACAAGGAACCCGCCCUCAAGAUGGCAGACGAGAAGGUGCGAGCGUACCAGGAGAAGCUGGAUGUGUUGGAGAGCAAGCUGGCACAGUCGCUGCGGAAGGCUGAGGAGCUGCCCACCGUGCAGGCGGAGCUAGCACAGCGCAGGGAGGCUCUCAACCAG